CAAUCAGAACACACUCAGCGGAGUCACGAGAGCUAAUCGAGGAAUAAAAACAACCCCGUCAAGCGGGGAAUGGAAGAUGUGUGAAGGAUUGUUUUGCUCUGUCGAGUUUCUCACGGUGAAGUGCACGACAGCAUCCAGAAGAGAUGGAGGCGAUGGGAUCCGGAUCCGGAGCCGAAGCUGAGGAGGCACAGAACCACACGGCCAUGCUGUGGAGCAUCCAGGAGGCCGUUCAGAGGCAGACGCUGCAGAUCGGGGCCUCGGCGUGUGGAGCCACAGCGGUGGUGGACGUCCUGCAGGCGCUGGGCAUCACGGUGACUCCAGAGACGGUCGAUCACUGCGUCAGGACGAGUCUGAGGAGGAACGAGGCGCCGCUGCAUGAUUACCUGCACUCUCGCAGCAAGGCCGGGGCCACACACCUGCAGCUGGUCUCCGGGGCCGAGCAGGCCAGCGGGGGCCGUGUUGUGGGACGGUUCUUUGGCCUGUAUCCUCGGCGGAGGCUGAAGCUGGUGCCGUGGUUGGCGCACUGGAUUCGGCGUGGAGCGGUUCCCAUCGCCACCAUGAACAUGCAGCAGGCCGUUCCUGAAGGAGAAGAGAUUCCUGACGCCUGGCAUCACCAGCUCAUCUUCGGAGUCGCACCCGGUGCUGUGUUCAUGACCAACCCGCUGGACGUGGUGAGUGAAGAGGAGGUUCACGAGCGUCUGUGCAGCGAGUCUGUUCUGCUCGUUCGCCGUGAAGACGUCCUGAAGAGACUGACGCCGGACGCUCAUCUAUCACAGAUCUCAGAUCAGCAUCCCGACCUGCGCUGGAAAACAUUAAACGUGGAGGAUCAGGUCAGACAGAUGAUCAGCGAGGAAGAGCAUCCCAUGAAAACGCAUCUCGUGAUUCCCGCGGCGUACAGCUCUGGAGUGACUUUCUUCGCUCUUAGAGACUCAGAUGUUGCUCAGGAGCUUCUCAGCAGCCCAGAGCUGCCUCCGCUGUGAUUUCGUCAUCAUCAAAUCAGUGCUUAAUUAAGAUAUUCUUGAUGUCGGAUCAGUAUUUAUUCUUGGGAUUGUAAAUAGAUGUUGUCAUCCUGCUGUGUUUUGUCUCAUUCGAGAGCUUAAUGGUCGACAGCAUCAUGUUUAUCAAAUAAAAAAAGCAAGAAAUGUA